AUGCCCGUAUCCCCUGCCGACAACUCUCUGAUCCCCGUUCCCAUUACCGACACCACCAACACCUCGACAUUGAUCGACUACCUCUUCGCCUCGGACAUCUUCGCCACUACCUGGAGCAGCGUCACCUGGUCGGGCUUUGAAGCCGGCCCAGUCGGUCUGGUUUACAGCGUCGACCGCGUGCAGGACCGUGUCGACCUCGCUGCAUCAGUCGGUGCGAUCCCCAUCAGUUUCGCUGAGUCGGAUCCCGUAGAGCAGAUUCUCGCCCUUGAGCCAAAUGACGUCCGUCGUGGUGUCGAGACAGUGGGCUACGAGGCCGUGGACGCCUCUGGUGCCGUACAAUCAGGCAUCACGUUGCGCCAAUCGAUAGACGUCACCGCUCGGCAUGGUGGAAUCGGAGUUGUAGGACUCUUCUCCUCGGGUCAGGCAGAUAUCGACUAUGGAGCUGCGUAUGCUAAGAAGGUCUCUGUGAAUGGGGGCAUUAUGCUUCCGUUGCAGGUUGCCGACGAGAUUGUUCCCCUGAUUACCUCGGGCCAGGCGCACCCAAGCUUUAUUGUCAGCAGCGUCAUUGGGAUUGAGGAGGCGCCGGAGUAUUAUGGGCGGUUCAACCAGACGGAGGAGAGUAAGGUUGUUAUCACGUUUUGA